AAUGUUUCAGGCCUGGUGAAGCUGGGCGUGCACUGCGUGACCGGCAAGAAGGUGGCCGUGAAGAUCAUCAACAGAGAGAAGCUCAGCGAGAGUGUUCUCAUGAAGGUGGAACGUGAGAUAGCAAUCAUGAAGCUCAUAGAACAUCCUCACGUCCUUGGGCUUUCUGAUGUCUAUGAGAAUAAGAAAUAUUUAUAUUUAGUUCUAGAGCACGUAAGCGGCGGUGAACUUUUCGACUACCUGGUCAAGAAGGGCAGACUCACGCCAAAAGAAGCAAGGAGAUUCUUCAGACAAAUCAUCUCCGCCCUGGAUUUCUGUCACAGUCACUCCAUAUGCCACCGCGACCUGAAGCCGGAGAAUCUUCUCCUGGACGAGCGGAACAACAUCAAGAUAGCCGAUUUCGGUAUGGCGUCGCUGCAGCCGGCGGGGUCGUUGCUCGAGACAUCCUGCGGUAGUCCGCACUAUGCCUGCCCUGAGGUUAUACGGGGUGAGAAAUAUGAUGGCCGGAGAGCAGAUGUGUGGUCCUGUGGAGUCAUCCUGUACGCUCUGCUGGUGGGAGCGUUACCAUUCGAUGACGAUAACCUACGACAGUUACUCGAAAAGGUGAAGCGUGGAGUGUUCCACGUACCCCACUUCGUACCUCCGGACUGCCAGCAGCUGCUACGUGGCAUGAUCGAGGUGAACCCCGAGAAGAGGAUGACGUUAGCAGAGAUAACCCGGCAUCCGUGGGUGACAGCGGGCGGACGAGGCGAGCUGGAGCAAGAACUACCCAUGAUGGAGGUGGUGCAGACGCGUGUGCUGCCCUCAGCCGACGCCAUUGACCCAGACGUCUUACAGGCAAUCUGCAGUUUGGGUUGUUUCAAACAACGAGACAAAUUGAUUCAAGAACUGCUUAGUCCACACCACAACACGGAGAAGGUGAUCUACUUCCUGCUGCUGGAGCGCAAGCGGCGCCGGCCUGCGCGGGACGACGAGCCGCGGCCCGCGCUGCCGCCCGCCGUAGACCCGCCGCGGAAGCGGCUCGACACCUGCAGGGUGAACGGACAACAAGCACACUUUGGCCAGAUCAGUGAGGGGUCGCCAAUCACACCAAGAAGAUCACAAUUCAGGUCGUCGUCAGGGCGGCGCUCCGAGGGCCGAGCUUCGCCGCAGCUGUCCGCCAGUUCACCAGCGUCGCACGCGCCGCCCCGCGUGUCCUCUCUAGGGGGCACCCCCGCCACGCCCGGCUCGCCGCUCGCCUCGCCGUCAGUCCGGGAGCAUCAUCAUCAGCGGGCCAACAGCACGGGCCCUACUAUAAGUCUCAAUAUAAGCGGCGAACCGGGUGAGGCAGUGAUAAUUAUCAACGAGUCACCUAUUAUGGGGUCUUCCGUGUCGCAUCGACCGCAGAGUCCCUCGCAGUCACACAGGGUUCGCGAGCGGUCGUCUCUCCCCGGGCCGCCCACUACGGCUCAGUCCCCGGCCGCGCCCUCGUUCCUGCCUAACCUGGGAACUAUGACAGGUCCGGCGGGCGGGGCCGCGGGCGGGCCGGCGGCCCCGUGGCGGGCGCGGCUGGCCACCAUCAAGAACUCCUUCCUGGGCUCGCCGAGGUUCCACCGGAGGAAAAUGCAGGCAUCAUCAGAAGAGGUAGCUUUAACCCCGGAGUCGUCCCCGGAACUAACUCGGAGGUCCUGGUUCGGCUCGCUACUACUAGCCCAGGAUAAGGAGGAAACCGUCACAGCACUAGUCAAAGGGAAACCUCUCGCCACAGUCAAAGCCGACCUCAUACACGCCUUCCUCAGUAUAGCAGAACUGUCGCACAGUGUGCUCAGUCCCAUGUCGUUCCGGGUGGAGUACAAGCGAGGGUCCAACGCACCGGCCAUGUUCCAGCGGCAUGUGCGGUUUCAGGUGGACAUCUCAACGAUUACGAAGGCGCCGGGAGAGAACGGGAAAGAAUAUUUAUAUGCUAUCACAUUUACGUUAUUAUCAGGCAACAUCCGCCGCUUCCGGCGCGUGUGCGAGGUGGUGCAGGGCGCCGUGUGCCGCGCGCCCGGCCGCGCCCCGCCGCCCCCGCACCCGCCCUCGCCGCGGGCGCAGCGACGGAACAUACACCCGCACGCUGGGGUGGAGAUCCCGGACUCCCCGGAAGCCGGAGUGGCUGUGUCCGACCAGGACAGCGACUCGUCCGUUUUCGAGCCUGGGAAGACUCCCACCUCGCACACCUCCAUAGACCAGCUCGAGCAAAACGGCACGCAUCCUCUUGGGUCGAGUUCUUCAGUGACCAGCGGCUCGAGCGGGUAUAAACCGAGCGUCCGCCGGCGCGCCGCCGAGCCGGCCUCCGCCAGCCUCGACCACGAGAUCAUGAGCUGCGGCAGGGACAUACCCGGCACGCACACGAAACGCUCGUCAUCCGAAUGUCGAGACUCUGCCUCCUCACCGCGCCGCGGUCUCGAGUCUCGAGACUCGGUUAAGGACGAGCUCCGGCGCAACAACUCGCUUCGGGACACGCGUCGAGACAUGCGACACGAGACUCGUGACGCGCCCACGACCAUCGCGUGAGAUACGGCCCGGCAAUCUGAUGAUAGGUUGGUUUAAGCUUGCGAUCACUAAUGCUUUGGUGUUUGGAUUGGGGUCGAUGGCCAUUUUUGAUACAUAACAUUAGCUCACGACUACAGUCAUGAGCAAUAUAAUGUACCCACUCAAGGACUCUGUCGCACUAACAUAUUUGUCAUUUAGUGAGACUUACAGUUCAAUUUGUCAAAAAAGUUAAUGUGACAUGGUACCAAAGUGUAUACAUAUUCAUGCUCGUGACCGUACAUCAAUCGCAAGAUGAAUUAAGUACCCACAUCUCACCGAGCUUCCUGUUAGACCAACGUGAUAGGUGGUGGCCAUAUCGCCGUUUCCAACAGUCGAGCCAACUGUGUUAGUGAAAUGAACAAUUAAUUCAUUAUGUACAUUGUCUCACCACCGGACUUGCACCAAUGAGUUAUUAAUUUAUCUUAAGUGCAGUUUUCACUAACACAGUUGGCUCGACCAAUAUAGACGGCGAUACGGCUCACCUACCACGUUGGUUUAACAGAAAGCUCGGUGAGGUGUGGGUGCUUAGUUCAUCUUGCGAUGGUGAACCUCUGACUAUUCCAUCGUGGCAUAUUAUGUUAUGAAAUGUUCAUCGAUUAACCUUUAUAUCCAUUCAAUAGAACAAUGGUAACAUUUAAAUUGUAUUGCAGCCGCAUUUUAAAAUUUUCAAACUUUCACAUUACUGUAAAUUAUUAUUCUAAGCGAUUGUCUAACUCGAACUUCUCUGAUGUAUAGGGGAUGUAUUCAUCUACAUAUCACCCCGGGAUAAGACAUAAUUUCUGAUCAAUUUUUCGGAAAGCCUGCGUCAGAUUACGUAAACUUGACGGCAGUCAAUAAUAUAGAGUUGUUAUUACCGUCCAAAGAAAUGGUUUUGAUAGACAGAAAUGGAGAAUGCUACACCGGUAAGAGCGCGACUCUUAAAUUAGUGAUGAUGAUUAUAUUACUCUUCACUGGCUUAUAAAAUAGCAAUAAUUUUAUUCGUUAUCAGAAUUAAAUACUUAAUAAUGGGUGGAAGUGACAUCGUAACGAAAACUUUGAGGGAUGAUUCAGACCAUGAUUCUGAGUUGAAAUCAAGUGGAAUUUCCUGUCGCAAAAUUCAUGUUUUUUUUUAGUCCUAUAUUGUGUUUUAAGUUGCAUAGGACCUAAAUUUAAAAUAAAUAAAUAAAAAUGACUAAUUAUUCAAAAUUAUUAACGUACAACCACGGAAUAAAAUAACGUACCUACAAACGUCAGCUGUGCACAGAUCAGUAGCCACACGGGUCAAUAGCAAUACGUGCCAACAAAAGUCUAUUAAGGCGAUGGGUAAUAUCUACUCUAUAUUAUGUACGACCGUCAAAUUCAGCCAAAUCUGCUACCAAAUUUCUGACAUAUAGACAUAAUCGCUCUGUCGGUUUUUACGACAUAUCCGGGCAGAUAAGUAGCUGAAUGUUUUUCUGCAAUCCCAAUGCGGGAGAAACAAGCAUACGUACAUAACAUAAACAGCCUAUAUACGUCCCACUGCUGGGCACAGGCUUCCCCUCAUACGACUGGAGGGUAUGGAGCAUACUCCACCACGCUGCUCCACUGCGGGUGCAGAAACAAUCGCCUGAAAUCAAACUAUAUAUGGAUUAAUCCAGUUAGACAAUAACUUAGAAUCGAAUCAACAUUUUUAUAAAAAAUAAAAAGAUUGAGUUAAAAAGAAUUGUUCGAAUGCAAAGCUUAGAAAAGAUGGCUGAAGCGAGCUUAAACCUAGUGUCGAUGACACCACUACCCAACACUCAUAAAUAACGUCCCAGUGGGCACAGGCCUCCCUUCAAUCAACCGGAGGGGGCAGCAUACUCCACGACGCUGCUCCAUCGCGGGUUGGUGGAGAAACAUACGGUCAUGUCCGUCUUAGGUCGUGAAUACUAACUGUGGUUACAAGUUGUUUUCUGGUAACUUGUAGCUCUGCCCACCCCAUUAGGUGUUACGGGCGUGAGUUUAUGUAUGUGCGAGGCCAGCAGUGGUGCCAUCAUGAUGGAAACUAUCAUGGAUUGCUGUUAGUUGAAGAAAGGGUGUUAUCUCGGAAAAUGGGAAAUAAAACUUAAAGGUACAUUUUGCAUGUAGAGCUAUCUCUGCAUCGUCAUUCCGUUUUUCACAGGGUCCACUUACCUAACCUGAAGAUUUGACAGGUCCGGUCUUUUUUGACAGAAGCGACUGCCUUUCUGACAUUUCAACCCGAAGGGAAAACCAGCCCAAUGCAGGUUAGGUCGCAUACCCCGAAACGCAUUUCUCGGGAAUAGAGAUUUCCUCACGAUGUUUUCCUUCACCGUUGAGCACGUGAUAAUCAUUUAUGAUCCAAAAUUAUUGCUUUAGGCCCAUGCUGGGCAUCGAACCUGCGACUUCCCUGUGAAAACGGGAUCACGAUGUGGAGAUGAACUCUACAACAUUUAAAAAAAAUUGUCUCUAGGUUUUAUAUCCCAUUAAAGUAUGAUAAAUAUUAAAUAAAAUAGUAGAAUUGGCUUAAAACGUUUGUGCACAAAAAUCGGAAAAGCAUCGUUUUGGACAUGUGACGAUCAAUAAUAAAAAAAGAAAAAUAUUUCUUUUAUAGAAAUUCUCACUGGCGCUUCCUUAGAACACUGUUUUCAUGUCAUGGUACAACAAAAGAUAAUAUGCUCAGGCCUAUGAAAAGCCGCCAUUGCUAACCGUUUGAUGACGUAAGUGUUACG